CAGCAAUUUCAUGAGGACAGAGAGAAAGGUACAACAUGCAAUAUGAUACUUUGUCACUGUCCUCACUCAGGUCCCCAUACCUGGGAAGGGCUUGGCCGGGCUUUGACAACCGCUUCGCCUCACACGCUGCUCUCUACCAGCAGACAGCUCUCAGAAGAACAGCAUUACGUGGCGGGAGGCCCUGAAGUCUGAGCCAGGGCCAUGGAGGGCUCUGUGCUGAGCCCCACGUCCUGGGAGAAGAGGCGGGCCUGGCUCCGGCAGAGCCGCCACUGGCAGACCCAGGUCUUGGAAGAGGAGGCCGGAGCUGUCCUGCAAGAUGUCUCAGAUCCUGAGCCUUCCAGCCUGGAUGACGUUUUCCAGGAAGGGAAUCCGAUCAGUAAGAUUGAAGACUGGCUACAGGACUGCGGGUACUCUGAAGAAGGGUUUUUUGAGGAAACAGGACAGUCAGGCUACAGUGGGUGCCUCAGCCAUGGAACCAGCUUUGAAGAUGAUUUGACCCUAGGAGCAGAGGCCACACUGCUGGCCGCCCACGGCAAAGUCUUCUCCAGGAGUCUCCUGGAGACAGCCCGGCCCUUCCAGCUACUGGAUCUUGGCUGCAGUUUGGCUUCCAGCAGCAUGACCAGUGGGACCAACAAGACUAGUUCAAGCAUCUCUGAGAUUCUGGACAAGGUGCAAGAAGAUGCAGAAGACAUCCUCUUCAGUCUGGGCUUUGGCCAAGAGGACCACAAGGACAGUUCUCGGAUUCCUGCCCGAUUUUUCACUACCCCUUCUCAGGCCAAAGGCAUUGAUUUCCAACUCUUCCUGAAGGCCCAGGUGCGGAGGGUUGAGACGGAGGACCCUUGCCUCAUGCUGGCCAGCAGGUUUAAGCAGGUGCAAACACUGGCCGUCACUGCUGAUGCCUUCUUCUGUCUCUACUCCUAUGUGUCUAAGACACCUGUCCAAAAGUUCACACCAUCCCACAUGUUCUGGAACUGCAACCCUGAUGUGCCAUCCAUCAAGAUUCUGGCUCCACAACCUGAACCUCUCUCACCCAGAGACCGCCUCCGGAAAGCCAUCUCCAAGAUGUGCCUGUAUACAUGUCCCCGAGAUCGGCUAUCAGCACCCCAUAAUAUCACAAAAAAGAACAGUUUGGACCAAGUGGUAUGGGAAGUGAUGGACAGAGUGAGAGGAGAUAAACUGGUCUUCCAACAAGACCUUGGGUUUGGGCCAGGCUCAGAGGAAGAUCCUGUUCCUCCCACCAGGGACACAAAGCUGCCCACUUCUUCUGGUCCAUGUGCCCUUUGCCAUAAAGAGGAAACACAGCAGGGGAUAUCCACAAUGCAAACACCAUCACAAACUCUGGAUUCGAACCCAGAGGCAACCUGUUGCACACAUUCUUUGCCCAAAGCAGAUCUACAGUGGAGCACAGACCCUGCACAGGUGAAGAGAGAGCUGUGGGGUCUACAGGCCACCAGUAAGGAAGUCCAUUUAGCCAAGGAUGCAACUUUCUGGAAAAGAAAGAGCAGAGCAAGAAAGAGCCUGUUUCAGGAGAAUCCCAUGAGCAGGAUGGUUAAGUCAUUGGACUUGUCCAUCAUCCAGCAGAGCCAAGAGCGCCCAGCACUGCACCCAUCUCUAACCCAGCAGCUGCAGGACACUUGUGACUUGGAGGACAUGAGAGGGUUGGGGGCAGGAGAGAGGCUGGCAGAGAAAGGCUUUGUAUUCUUGCCAUUGGGUAAAGGGAAUCCAGGCUCCCUGUCCUCGCCAGAUAUCCCAAUUCUUGAACUACAUUCAGAAACUUUUGGGAGUAGGUUAAUGGAGAAGGAUUAAUAGGUGUGAUUUCUUAAGAGCAUCCAGGUUUCCAGAACUUUUCUAAUUCCUCAUCUGAUCUGAUCUUCAUUGAAGUUUCUCAUCAAGCACACCUGUCUAUCAUUUGUGGGGUCAGCACAAGAGUAUAAAUAGAGGUCGAUUAUACACUAAGCUAAACACUAUGAAAUAAAGUAUGUUCUCUUCUACAUCAAUAAAUAUGUAACCAUAAAGACCUGGAAGUCCAGGUUCAAAUUUAAAUUCUCAGACUCUUCGGACUUCUGUGCUAGAACACAGCAGUGUGGGCAGAGCCACUCCCUAGUCCUUGGACUCUCACCUUCUCUUCCCACGCCCAGAUCUGUCCUAAACCACAAAGACUUUGCUUAUAGAUGUGUGAGCACCCCAGCCUGCAUAUCCAAAAGCUACACACCCUCUACUCACAAAAAUAGCCAUCCGCUGGUCAUCACUCAUGCCUAGGAGUGCAUACGUUAGUCCAGAGGUUAACCUUUUAAGACAACAGAUAUCAGGCAAAACCAGUGCAAUUCCCUGAAGAAGCCUUGAAGCCAUCUGAGCACAAUAUCUGGGCAUCCUUUGUAACCGGAACAUGUUCUAGAAGGGGUAGUGCAAGAUCCAGGUGGGCAUAUCAUGUAGGUCCACCAACUCUUCAUCCUGUGGACUCUCAAAAACCUAAGACCUCUCUUGCCUGGGACUAUAGACAGUACUGCCAUCAAAUGCUGAGCUCUCUUGGGAAAGUUCUCAGACCCUUGCCACAAAGAGAAACUGUGAUGAUUUGUAAUAUCGUUUG